GCUUCUUCUGGCGAGUUGAGCGGCUCCGAGGCGUUACUCUGCGCUCCCUCCCGGCGGGCGGCGGCGGCUGCGGGUGCCGGGACUCACCGGCCAGGGUUGCGCGGGGCUGGAGAGGCCAGGCCCAGGCCGCGGGCACCGGGACCUCGCAGCUUCGGACGCAGUGUGACUGGAUUUCUUGAAAGAACUCGCUGAGCUCUUGGCUCCAAGACGCCGAUCGGACUCAGCGAGAAUCAGCCGUUUGGCUGAAACUUGGGGCCAAGAUUUUGGGGCUGAAGAAGGAGCGGGGAGUGGAGAAGGAGGCGAAGGAGGAGGAGGCGGCGGCGAGCGGAGCCUCGAGGCGAGGAGGCGGAGCAGCACCGUAGAGGCGGCGGCUUUGGCUAGCAAGCGGCGGCGCCCGGCUCUCGCCUGCCCGGGGACCGGACUUGGUGUGGGGGGCGCGCGCGUUACUGUGCGCUGACUCUAGAGACUUGGGCAAACUUUGAAGGGUAACCGGAGACGCUUGUUGCUCCUCGCCGCAGAAAAAGCCUCACCGUUACGUCGCGGCGAGCGGAGAAGGCGGCCCCCGCCGGCGCACCCGGCCCAGGCAGACGAGUUUGGGCCCCCGGCUGUUGCGCGAGUGCUGGGCGGAGGUGGCGGCGGCGCCCCCGCGGCGCGAGCACCCCAGCUGCAGCGCCCUCGGCUGCGCACCGCCCACGGCCCAGCCCCGGCGCCGCGAGGACUCUCAUGCGCCCGGCGCAACGGCGCCUCCCCGGAUCCCAGCCUCUCCCGGCUGCCUUGUCGCGAUUCUCGGGCUGAGAACGCCGCUGCACCCGCGGCCGGCGAUGCUGGGCCCCCGCGCGGCACCGUCGCGCUCGCCUCUGGGCCUGUGUACCCUGGUGCUUGCGCUGCUGGGCGCACUGCCCGCGGGCGCCGGGGCGCAGCAGUAUCACGGCGAGAAGGGCAUCUCAGUACCGGACCACGGCUUCUGCCAGCCCAUCUCCAUCCCGCUGUGCACGGACAUCGCCUACAACCAGACCAUCCUGCCCAACCUGCUGGGUCACACGAACCAAGAGGAUGCGGGCCUCGAGGUGCACCAGUUCUACCCGCUGGUGAAGGUGCAGUGUUCUCCCGAGCUGCGCUUCUUCCUGUGCUCCAUGUACGCACCCGUGUGUACCGUGCUCGAUAAGGCCAUCCCGCCGUGCCGCUCCCUGUGCGAGCGUGCCCGCCAGGGCUGUGAGGCGCUCAUGAACAAGUUCGGCUUCCAAUGGCCUGAGCGGCUGCGUUGCGAGAACUUCCCCGUGCACGGCGCCGGAGAGAUCUGCGUGGGCCAGAACACUUCGGACGGCUCCGGCAGUGCGGGCGGCGGCCCCACCGCCUAUCCCACCGCGCCCUACAUGCCCGACCUGCCCUUCACCGCGCUGCCUCCGGGGGCCGCUGACGGUAGGAGCCGCUCCGCCUUCCCCUUCUCGUGCCCACGCCAGCUCAAGGUACCCCCCUACCUCGGCUACCGUUUCCUGGGCGAGCGCGACUGCGGCGCCCCUUGCGAGCCGGGCCGCGCCAACGGCCUCAUGUACUUUAAGGAGGAGGAGAGGCGCUUCGCCCGCCUCUGGGUGGGCGUAUGGUCAGUGCUGUGCUGCGCCUCGACGCUCUUCACCGUGCUUACCUACCUAGUGGACAUGCGGCGCUUCAGCUACCCGGAGCGGCCCAUCAUUUUCCUAUCGGGCUGCUAUUUCAUGGUGGCCGUGGCGCACGUGGCCGGCUUCCUGUUGGAGGACCGCGCGGUGUGCGUGGAGCGCUUUUCAGACGACGGCUACCGCACGGUGGCGCAGGGCACCAAGAAGGAAGGCUGCACCAUUCUCUUCAUGGUGCUCUACUUCUUCGGCAUGGCCAGUUCCAUCUGGUGGGUCAUCCUGUCGCUCACCUGGUUCCUGGCGGCCGGCAUGAAGUGGGGCCACGAGGCCAUCGAGGCCAACUCGCAGUACUUCCACCUGGCCGCGUGGGCCGUGCCCGCUGUCAAGACCAUCACCAUCCUGGCCAUGGGCCAGGUGGACGGGGACCUGCUCAGCGGGGUGUGCUACGUGGGCCUGUCCAGCGUGGACGCGCUGCGGGGCUUCGUUCUGGCGCCCCUGUUCGUCUACCUCUUCAUCGGCACGUCCUUCCUGCUGGCCGGCUUCGUGUCGCUGUUCCGCAUCCGCACCAUCAUGAAGCACGACGGCACCAAGACCGAGAAGCUGGAGAAGCUCAUGGUGCGCAUCGGCGUCUUCAGCGUGCUCUACACCGUGCCGGCCACCAUCGUUCUGGCCUGCUACUUCUACGAGCAGGCCUUCCGCGAACACUGGGAGCGCACCUGGCUCCUGCAGACGUGCAAGAGCUACGCGGUGCCCUGCCCGCCCGGCCACUUCCCGCCCAUGAGCCCCGACUUCACCGUCUUCAUGAUCAAGUACCUGAUGACCAUGAUCGUAGGCAUCACCACUGGCUUCUGGAUCUGGUCCGGCAAGACGCUGCAGUCGUGGCGCCGCUUCUACCACAGACUCAGCCACAGCAGCAAGGGGGAGACUGCGGUAUGAGCCCCGGCGCCUCCCCCGCCCUUCCUUCUCCCACCCCUUAGCAGGGGGAAAGGCGCGGUAGGAGAAGAACUGCGGGGUGCGGGGGGGGGCGCUUGUUUCUGUAACCUCCUUACGCUCCAGUGAGAAGUGACCUGGAAGUGAGAAGAUAUAUGUAGAGAUAGAUAUGCGUGGGUUUGGAAAAGAGGCCUGAGUGGAAAGACGGUUUGGAUGAAAAGACUUCUGGCAAAGACUUGCAGGAUGAUGACGAUGAUGAUGUUAAUCCUGUACGGUACGGACCGACCUGGGCCAAUCGAAAAGAUUGAGAUCAGAAGGUUGCUGUGAGUUCUUCCCGUCUCUGGGGCCGAACGGGGACUGCGAGCGAUUCCCCUGCUGCAAGACAAGUGGCCUGUCCUCACUCCUGUGAGGCCCGGGUGAAAGGCACAGCUCUGUCUGCGGCGGCCGCUUUGUUGGGAAAACGGAGGACUCCCUGCAGAGUCCUUGUUAAGCGGUGGUCAAACCGUAAUCUCUUUUCACUGGGGCCAUACUGGAGCCCAGAUGGGUUAAUUUCCAGGGUCAGACAUUACAGUCUUUCCUCCCCUGCCUCCUCCCGCCUGUCUUCCCUCCUCUACUCCUUUCAAGUCUUGUAAAGUAAGCAUUUUGAAGUCUUGGGAGGCCUGCCUCCUAGAAUCCUAAUGGGAGGAUGCAAAAGAAGUGAAGCUAACAUUUUGCAACAAGGGAAAGAUGGCGAGUAGUAGGUAUUUCUACUACUUUUUUUCUUUUCUGGGGAAGGCAGGAGGAAGAAAGAAGGGUGUUUUAUUUGGUUUAAUACCCUGAAAAGAAGUGAUGACUUGUUGCUUUUCAAAACAGGAAUGCAUUUUUCCCCCUGUCUUUGUUGUAAGAGACAAAAGAGGAAACAAGUGUCUCCCUGUGGAAAGGAACAACUGUGAAGACAGCAACUUUUAUAGGCAAAGCAGUGCAAAUCUGAAGUUUCCCUUUGAAUGUUAAUUCGGUUGCGAUAAACAUUCCUUUUUAAGGAAAAGUGAAGGGCACUGUGCUUCCAUACCCCUUUCCGUCAGAGGUUCUGACUUGGCUAAAGGAAAUGCAAGGGGUUUUGUUGUGUUUGUUUUAAGUAAAUUUAAUUCAGAACACAUGAUCCAACAGGCUCUGUUAAAACGUUCAGGGAAAUCUCCCCAUUCAUUUUUUUGUCUUCCCAUAAACCUGCAUUUAGGUUUUUUUUCUAUUUUUUCCCUCCAAUUUGAAUCCUUCAAGAUAAAAGGAGAAGCAUAAUGCCUUUAGCCUCAUAAUAAAGGAACGUUAAAUUUUUUAAAAAGUAAAAAAGCAUUUUGUCCUGUUUCCUUUGUUCCAUAAAUCCGUUUAUAAAAUAUCAUGUGUAUGCUGACCCUGUCUUUGUGUGGCCGGGUGGGAAGGUGACCUGCAGAAAUGACAGUGAGUGAAGCGGACAGUUCAAACCAUGGGCCCCAUUUUUAAGGAAAGUCAUUAAAAGAAGGUAAACUUCAAAGUAAUUCUGGAGUUCUUUGAAAUGCGCUGGAUGACUUAAAUUUAUUAAUCUUAAAUCAUGUACUUUUUUUUCUAUAAUAGAACUCCAAUUCUUUUGCGUAAUGGGCUAAAGCUGAGCAGAGAAUCAUGGGAGCUAACCUUCACUCCACCUUUGACACCACCCUCCAAUCUGGCAACACUAUCCUAUUUCUCAAAACAGUCUUUAAAUGCUGUUUUAAAUAGUUUUUAAAUCAUAGAGGGUACUGUCAGGAGUACAAGUUGCUUUAUAUAUGUAAUGUUAGGUUGAGUGGAGCUGCUUUUUAUAUUAAAGUUAACAUUGACCUUGUGUUCCUUAAACCUCCAAAACUGUCUGAUUUGUCAGAUUUUUAAAACUCCCACUACACAGUUUUUGGCAUCUUUUGUGUUGUAUCUCUUGCAUGUGAAAUUUGUAAAAUAGAGACAAGUGCAGUAUGUAUAUUUUGUAAAUCUCCCAUUUUUGUAAGAAAAUAUAUAUUGUAUUUAUACAUUUUUACUUUGGAUUUUUGUUUUGUUUUGCCUUUAAAAAUCUACAAG